CCAUUCUCUACCAUGCAGCGUCCUUGUGGCUAACGGGGAACUGGACUGGAAAUGACCUUUCAAGGUCCCUUCCAGUCCUAUGAUUCUAUUCUAUGAUUCUAACUGCAAUGGUUGAUUCUGAAAAGUACCAUUAAGAACCUACGUAACACUUUUAUCUAUGAUUUUCAUUUAUGUAUUUAUUUAUUGGGGCAGCUGAAACAAGGAGAAAGAGCCAAUGCUCUGUGACCAGCUAGCUCUCUGCUGAGCCUCACCGAUCAGCAUGCAGACCACCCUCUGAGAUCCUCUGAGCUACACAAUUUUACCAUGUGCCAGUCGAUACUGAUUGCAGCCAGAAGAUACAGGAAAGCAAUGUGCCCCACUUGCUACAUGGAGAAUAGAGGAGAGACAGCUAAGGCACUUCCUAACCCUGCAGGCUCACAGACAAAAAACAGACCAGAUGAAUCUCACUUCUGGCUUUGCCGUAUCCUCUGGAAAUACAGAUUAGUCAUGGUCCUGUUUCUAGUUUUUCUCAUUAUUGCUGUUAUUGUUUUGGCAGUGGUUAGCAGUAGGCCCUGCCCAAAUCAUGCCACUACCACAUGUCCAGUCAAUUGGAUCGGGUCCCAAGGGAAAACAUACCCAUGGAAAUGCUACUAUUUCUCAAAAGUCGAUGGGGAUUGGAACUCCAGCCAGAGAAACUGCUCUUCGCUCGGUGCCUCCCUGGCUACAGUUGACACCCGGGAGGAAAAGGAGUUUAUGCUGCACUAUAAGGGACGCUCAGAAACCUGGAUUGGCCUUACCAGGGACCAAGCAGACAAGCCCUGGAAAUGGGUAAAUGACACCCCAUUCAAUGACCAGUUUCCAAUAAGGGGAGGAGGUGAAUGCGCGUAUCUGAAUGACGACAAAGGUAUCAGCAGCUCAAGAUGUAGCACAGGGAGACGCUGGGUCUGCAGCAGGCCAGCCUGAUGCACAAAGCCACGGCAAAAGGCAAUGCAAGGCCUUUGGAAUGAGGGAGAGUGAUUAGUCGUCAUUUGGCUUUCUGAACUGGAGAUAUUGACCACUGUCGACUCACUGAGGACUGGUCCAAACCUGUGUUUCGAUGGAAAACUGGGCUGGGAAAUGUAGUUCUCGUAGAUUCUGAGGCCAGAAGGGACCACUGUGAUCCCCACUCCUAGAUGGGAGACUGCGGUGCAUUGUGGGAGACGUAGUCUGACCGAGAGGCCUGGCAUGUAGAGGAGAAUGGGAGCAUGAGGAAACAGAACUACAUCUCCCAUGAGGUACCACAGCAGCAUUUCUAAAUC